AUCUCCAUCAAACCACCGCAUCGAUACCCACCACAACAUCCACCACAACAUCCACCAAGCAUCCACAUGGACCGAUUCAUAUCGCUCUGGAAUCGGUGGUCCGGCAGCCCGCCCCCAUCGGCCGCGCUCGAUGCCAACUGGGACAGCCUCUCGCGGCGGUAUUCCGAGCCGCACCGAGCAUAUCACAACUUGGACCACAUCCACGACUGCCUCGCCCGCUUCGAUGAAUAUGCCGCAUAUGCCGUCCGUCCUGAAGCCGCGUCGCAUCCGGCACUCGACGGGCAGGCCUGGGACGAUGUCGAGAUGGCCAUUUGGUACCACGACGUCGUCUACGAUCCAAGGCACCCGGACAACGAGCAUCAGAGCUGCGUGCUCUUCAGAGAGCAUGCCGCCGGCCUUGCUGCCCAGGAACGAAUCGACCGAGUUGCCGCCACGAUCAUGGCAACUCAAGCCCAUGUCUCCUCAAGCACAGCUGAGGCUCUGAUGCUCGACAUUGAUCUAUCGAUUCUGGGACAGCCCGAGGACCGCUUUGCGGAGUACGACGAUGCCAUCCGCAAAGAAUAUGGACAUGUGUCCGAGAGCGACUACCGAGCCGGUCGAUCCAAGGUCCUCCGGUCGUUUCUGGCCCGGCCCAGGAUCUUUGUCCUGGGCUAUUUCCAGGACCGAUACGAGCAAACUGCACGCUCGAAUCUGCAGGCAGCACUAGAUUGCUUGGAUACCGCGACCGAGAGCUCGUGAUUGUGUGCCAAAUGCAAGCCGAUACUUUGCGCAUCUUGGCCAGCACAGGAUGCAAGAGCAGGACGACGAGAACGAUUCGAGAGUCCAGGCCGCCUCGGCCAUCCGCGUUCCUGCCAAUGGAUGAUACCGACUGAAGAUGCUCCUCAACGAGCCCUGCCAGUCAUUCAUGAUUCCGUGGUGGUGAACCAAAGACUGGCUUCCGCUGCUUCUCCCUCCCAAUGUCGCCUUGUUACAUUCCAAAUACGAGCCAUAUGAGGAAGAGCCUGCAUGUCAGCAGCCC